UAAGGACGUCGCACAGCAAAUAAUGUAGAAAUAAAGAUAUUAUUAUGAGAACAUUAAUGAGCUCCCCCCUCCCUGUAAGCCCGAUCGGACGACUGUUUAUCCGCGAGUGGCGUUCGCUCGUCGACUCGAGAGAUCGAUAGGAGCGAAAGAGCGCGGAGCGCACGAUAAGCGCUGCGCUCGUCGGGUGCCGCCCGCAGUCACGCGGACCCGUUGCUCGCGUCCAGACAGCGCAGCGCGGACGGAUCGAUUCUACGCGGCAUCUCUCUGCAGCCACAGCGCCCGAAUCCUUCCGCACCCGAGGUAAGCCGCCGAGCACUCGCGCAUUGUACUCGAGCGAGUCCUCUCGUUUCGUAGAGAGAGGGCGCGUUGUCUGCCCGUGAACGACUCUCGCGCUUCGGUAGGCGCGACUUUAAUCGCGUUUGCUACGCCGCUCGUGCGGGCGGCGCACGUGCGAUUUCGCCCCGGAUCGAUAUCUUAUCGAGCGCUCCUGCAACUUCAUUUUCGCUAUCUCGAGUCAGGCUUACGUAAUGGCCCGCUUAUCGCGCGUUUGGUCGAAAACAAGCGACAUAACCGAGUAUUUUUUUUUUUUUUUUUUCGUUGCCCUCGACGAGGAACGGGACGCGCGUCGUUCGCUGAUACAAAACAAGUGAAUCGCAGCGAUCGGAGACAAGCCUCAAGGCCAAUUUCGUCGAUCCAGCUUUCGACACUCGACCACGAGGCGAAAGCGCGAAGGAGAGUCGCGCGCAGCGAUCGUUCAGCGAGACUCGGUGAUCGGCAGAGCAGACGGCGGCAGCAUGGCGACGAGAUGGGGCAUCGCCAGCGCGGGCAAGAUCUCGCACGACUUCGCCACGGCCCUGGCGACUCUGCCCGCGUCGGAGCACAGGCUGGUGGCGGUGGCGGCGAGGGAGCUCGAUCGCGCCAAGGACUUCGCUGGGACGCACGGGGCGGCCAGGGCGUACGCCAGCUACCGGGAGCUGGCCGACGACGAGGAGGUCGAGAUCGUGUACGUGGGCGCGCUGAACCCGUUCCACCUGGAGGUGGGCAAGAUGAUGCUGAACGCGGGCAAGCACGUGCUCUGCGAGAAGCCGCUGGCCAUGAACCUCGAGCAGUGCCGCGAGCUGAUCGAGCUGGCGCGCGCGAGGAAGCUGCUGCUGAUGGAGGCCAUCUGGAGCCGCUGCUUCCCCGCCUACGAGAGUCUGCGCGCGGAGCUGGCCAAGCGGAGCAUCGGCGAGGUCAAGCAGGUCAUCGCCAGCUUCGGCUUCAGGCUUGCGGACGUGGAUAGGCUCGGCGCGAAGAGGCUGGGCGGCGGCACGGUCCUCGACUUGGGCGUGUACGUCAUCCAGUUCGUCUGCACGGUGUUCGGCCACGAGCGGCCGACGGAGAUCAAGGCCGUGGGCCACCUGAACGCCGAGGGCGUGGACGCGUCCAUGUCGGCCUCGCUGACCUACGCGAACGGGCGCACCGCCACCGUCGUCACGCACGCCGAGUGCGAGCUGCCCAACGACGCCCACGUGAUCGGCACCCACGGCAGCAUCCGCCUGCCCCAGUUCUGGUGUCCGACCAGGAUCGAGCUGCCCGGCGGCUCGGUGGAGGAGGUGCCGCUGCCGGCGCCCAGGCACAAGCUCAACUUCGUCAACAGCACGGGGCUGCGCUACGAGGCCAUGGAGGCUCGCGAGUGCAUCCGCAGAGGUCUGCUCGAGAGCCCGAAGGUGACGCACGCGCACUCGCUGCUGAUCGCCGAGAUCGAGGACGAGCUGCGCCGCCAGUUGGGAGUGGUCUACGACGUGGAUUGAGGCGACUCGGCGACAGCGCGCCUUCAUUUGUAACA